ACUCAGGACGCCAGCCAAUCGCGAGUUGCGCCCGGCUCGACCCCCACACCGCGUCCACGCGAGGGGUGGUGGCUCAGGUUACGGCUUCUCGAAGCGGACAGAGCGAGAGAGAUAGAGAGACACCCCCGGAUUCCCGCUCACUCGCUCACUCACCUGCGGCCACGAGCACCACGCUCCUGUUGAGACAUCUCAUUGAACACCAUCGCGGCGAUAGGUUUUUUUUUCUCCUUCUCAAAUUAACCGGGCUCCAUUGUUUGAUCAGCUCAUUCAAUUGCCCCCCACCCAUCCCAAGUAAUUUCGGACGCAGGUGGAAUUAAUUGGUAGGGGGGAGGGGGGGGUCAGGUGACAAAAAUAAAAAAAAGAAUAGAGUUAUUUUUUUAAAUCGCACUCGGAGGUUCUCGCUAAGCGGAGAGGAAGGGAGAGGGGACAGGAGGAGGAGGAGGGGCGGGCAAAGGUGCAAGAGGACAUCAGCCACCUAGCCGAGAGCGAACGCCGUAGAACCAACUCGUCUACCCGUGGACCCUAAACCCAUCCCGUCCAACACCCCGAGAUGGCGAACGCCGCUCUGCAGAUCGCCGGAAUCGCCCUGGGAAUCCUGGGCUGGAUCGGCAGCAUAGCCGUGACGGUUCUGCCGCAGUGGCGCGUCACCGCCUUCCUGCCCAACUCGGCCAACAUCGUGGUCGGCCAGGUGUUCUGGGAGGGCAUUUGGAUGCAGUGCGUCUCGCAGGCAACGGGCCAGCAGCAAUGCAAGGUCUACGACUCUCUGCUGGCGCUCACCCCGGACAUGCAGGCGGCGCGCGGCCUCAUGUGCGUGAGCGUGGCCCUGGGCACCCUGGCCAUGCUCAUCGCGACCCUGGGCAUGCAGUGCACGCACUGCGUCGAGAACGAACGCGCCAAGGCGUACAUCGCCAUGUCGGGCGGCUUCCUCUUCAUCAUUGCCGCCCUCAUCGUCCUCAUCCCCGUGUGCUGGACGGCCAACGCCAUCAUCCGCGACUUCUACAACCCCAGCGUGCCCGAGGCCCUCAAGCGUGAGCUCGGGGGAGCUCUCUACCUCGGCUGGAUCUCGGCCUUCAUGCUGGUGGCCGGGGGGGCGCUGCUCGCGUGCUCGUGCCCCCCCAAGGACGAGCCCGGGUACCGCCCGGCGAAGAGCGCCUACGCGGUGUCGGCGCCGCGCACCGUGCAAGACACGCACCAGCCUCGGAGGGCCAUGAGUACCACCUACUCUAUGAAGGAGUUUGUGUAAGGGUGGUAGGGGGGGUAGACAGGCGGGUUGUUUUGGGGGGGGGUAGACAGGCGGGUUGUUUUUGGGGGGGUAGACAGGCGGGUUGUUUUUUUUUUGGGGGGGGGGGGCGACAAAUGCAGUGGCGGUCGUGGUUUCGAGUUUUUAAAAAUAAUAUCAGAAUUUUAGUGUGUUUAAAAAAAAAAUGGAAACAGACGGGUCACGCGUGGCGUUCUAGUGUCUCCUGCACCGAGAGGGUUCCUCACGCGUCCACGGUGGCGGGCGACGCACGGACGCCGCUUAAACUCCACUCGACCGCCCUACUCUAGGCGGUGUCAUUCUGGGGGGGGACUUGAUUAUCAAGUCCAAGACGUUGCUGUGUAGGAGGAGGUAAGAGGAGGAAGGGGAUGGGGGGGGAUUAUGUCGAGGUGACGUUUAUAUCAGGAUUGGGACAAAUGUACAAUCUCUCGUUCACGUGACACGCAGCAGAGAAUUAUCCCUUCGGUGUGCUUUUUUUUUUGGGAGGGGGGUGAUUGCCCAACGUUUCACGCUCACGUGCUGUGGGAGCUUCUUUGGGGAAACAAGCUCACGUGGUGCGAGACCUGAAAGAAUGGACAACAGAGGAGCUAAUUUGUUUUAAUGGUGAAGAUGGUUCGUGAUGCUGUUGGAGAUCAACGUGUAUACCAGGAAUUAAAUUUCUCAAUUAAUAUGUUCAGAGUCGUUGGGAGUAGGUCGUGGUAUGUGACUGGGUAGCAGCCACGGAUGGAGAGGGGAAAGUGCUGGAUGUGGUGUGCCGUGUACUGGAAACAUUGUUUUGCUUGUCACCGACCCGGCUGCCAAUGUUAGCUCUGCUUGUAUAUCGCAACUGAGUAGUAGUAGUCACCGCCAUAGCGAGGGGUAUACUUGAUGUAGUGUGCCCGGGUGGUGAGCUGUAUAUCGGAGCUGGCCGUCGUGCGCACGUGAAGUUCGCUUUUGAUCCUCGCUGGUCACGAGAGGCGCGAGUCGAUUCUUCCCACACUCACACACGUGAUAGUAUUUCUUUUACUGCUGUACUUUUAACGUUUUUCAGCUGUUUUAUUUUUAUAAAACUACGUACACGUUUAUUUCUGGGUGGUUUUUAAAGGGGGGCGGGAUAUUUUUUUGUUGAUAUUAAUAUUACUGCUACGACAAUUUUUUUUUUUUUUAUAUUAUCCGCUCUGGUCAUUAUCUCCUGAACUCGGUCGGAAGUUCACAAAUCCGGAGUGUGAGAGUUGUGCGUGCGGCUGGGACCAUCAUCAUCAUCAUCGCAUCUGUACGGUCCGAUAAAAUGAAUGCCGCUUCCUUGAUGAGCGAGGAGGGGGGGGGGAGAAAAAUAAUGAACCGGAGGCUCGUAUUUGUUUUGGAUGUUACUGGGUUCCCGCCAUAAGAAUGGGGAAUUGCUAUCGCACGCCCGGGUGUUCUUUUGGGUUCGGGAUGACACUUGGGCAUGGCGAGCACCAGAAUCUUUCGUUGUGGCUGAUCUGUUUCCCACCCAGCAUCGCGAUCCACCGACCUGUGCCUUUUUUGUACUCGUGGCUCAUUCCGUGUAAAUAAUAAUAACAAUAAAACUUUCUUUCAUUUUUCCGGAA